GCGACAGACAUGUAUAACUCUUCAAGAAAUGUCCACAUCAAGUAUUCCCACUUUACGCCCCGUCCAAACGGCCCAUCCCGCAAACACGAUCUGGUCCGCAAUUUCACAAGAUGCAUUUCGCGAGAACCUGGUCACUCUCGAGAAAAAGACGAACGCAGUUCCCAUUGACGUUCUGAUAGCGAAAGUUGAAGAGACAAUCGAUCAACAUGUUCCUCCGGGACCCCGGAUACCACUUCACAUCGAGAAGCAAGUCGCAGAUGAUCUGGCGUAUAUCGCCGCUGUAGGCGAAGGAGCUCAAAGUGUCGCAGCCGUUUGUCUCGAACAACAUAUUCGCACAUCAGCGAGCUCAAAACCGGAUUCGAAUGAUGUCCAUCCGAAGAACACCACUAAUUUACUUGUCGUCAAAAUCGCCGGCAUGGAUAUCGUGGACGACAAAGUGAAGGAUAUGCUUCAACAGAUCAUCGAUGGGAUGCAGGAUUCGAGUCGAAUGGCCUCCGCCAGAAGAACACCAGAAAGCUCGAAUGCUCCAGAACAAGAAGUUUAUCAAGACGCGAUAGAGACGAUCUUCGAUCUAAUCAUUACCCAUCAUCGCCAAAAACUUCUCGGCCGCUUACGUUCUCGCAAGUGGGUUAAGCCCACAUAUCUCGACCGAACGCACAAAAAACCUCUCUGGCAGGACUUUGCGAACGUGGUACAUCGUGUACAACACGUAUUUCCGAGAAAGGCGGAUUGGAAAGUACGAAAGUCUGUGACUGAGAGUCUGCAAGGUUUACAGGAAAUUUACGAGUUAUUCGAAAGCACAAGUGAAGCUGAAACUGAAGAGAAAUUGAAGGAACUGGUUAAACAUUCGUGGGAAUUCUGUCAGAGGAAAGAUAUGGGAGCUUUUGCGGAGAAGCUGGAGUGUGGAAAGGCUGGAAAGACGGCGCAGGUUGCGGCUGCAACGAAGACUUUGAGGCAGGUGGAGAAAGUUGGGACGUAUUGGAGGAUUGCGAGAGAUUUGGUGAGAGUGGCGGGAGGGUCGUAUUUUGAGGCAUUUGGUUCGAUUCAGCUGGAGUUUGUCAACCCGUAUGCGAGUGUGCCGACAGAUAUUACGUACGAACCUUGGGCUGGGAAAUGUCAUGUGCAUGCAGAGGUGCAGUUGGUCGUGGAAGAGGCUUUGGCGGGGACUGGGUGGGAGGGGCGGGCAAAAGAAAGAGAGGAGAUGGUGGUCGUGAAGCCGCGCAUUAUCGGCACCAGCAAGUAUCUUUGCUAUCUGUGCUACCUGUUCCUGUAUUAUCACGGAGGAUACGAAGUUUUGGAUACCCACGGACGAUUAUACGAUCAAUGGACUGUUCCAGAUUUGGCAGAGUACAGUCCAGAAACGAGGAAGACACUUUCGGUCGUAUUGGAGGAGAUGAACAGACAUAUAUCGCGACAGAUCGCAGAUACGAAGGGGUCGGUGUGGAGAGCGGAGCCCAUGACCAGUCGGCAAAACUUAUUAAGCUGCGACGCCGAAAAGGAGAAUGGGGAAGAAAGCAUGGGGAAGUUGAACGAAGGGCUUGGUUCGUUGACCAUUGAUUCCUGAGAUACAGGAGCUUAGGGACUGCGCAGUAAACGAGCGACCUUUCAAGCAACAAAAGAGAGUCUCGUUCAAGCUCACGGACAUGCAGCACGCCAAC